CUCUCUCUCUCUCUCUUGAAACAUCGAACCAUUCUGAUAAAAGCCAUCGCGAGCCCUAAAAGCUAGAAUUCGAGUCGACCUGAUUCCAAUUCGCCCAAUCAUCCGAGUGGCAAUGUAUGUGUUGUUCGAAUCUCUGGAGGAUCGUCAAGCAUCGUUGAAAACCAGAAAUAGGAUGAAGUCUGGAGAGGCAAAUCAAUAACUUCCACCAUCAGUUGAUUGAGCAAGCUGAAACCGAUUACUUACACUUUCAAAAAGAAUUAGGAUUUGACUUCCAUUGCAAGGGCCCUUAGUUUAUGGUGAAAUGGUUGGUAGCAAUAAUAGAUUUGGCAAUGGAAGUUGCAGUUUAAUGCUGCUUGAAUAUUUUUCGCAAUGCAGUUAGUAUCAAAUGAUAGGCGGAGAGAAGAUAGUUCAGAGACAGAGCCAAUCUUGUCUCAAUCUGACAAUGAGCAGAGAUCUGAAGAAUCAACAUCUACAUUUGAAAUAAGAAUUGUGGACAAAGAUUGUUCUGUUUCCGUGGAUGAUUCACAAAGUAUUAAUGUUGAUGAAAAUUGCAAUCUGGUGAAUGCCGAACAACCACAAUGUCGGAUAUGCCUUGAUAUUGGAGGCGAGGACUUGAUUGCACCAUGCCAUUGCAAAGGGACGCAGAAAUAUGUCCACAGAUCAUGUCUUGAUAAUUGGAGGUCAACUAAGGAGGGGUUUGCCUUUUCACACUGUACAGAGUGCAAGGCGGUGUUUAUAUUACGUGCAAAUGUGCCUCCUGAUCGCUGGUGGUUGAGAUUAAAAUUUCAGUUUCUUGUCGCGAGGGAUCAUGCUUUGAUUUUUGUUAUUGUUCAGCUGAUUGUAGCAUUCUUGGGUGUGCUGGUCUAUAAUUUUUAUGGAGAGGAACUGAGAGAGAUGUUUGGUUAUGAGGAACACCCGUAUGGGUUUUACACUAUGGCUGUUUUAGCAAUUGUUUUGGUGGGCUUACUCUAUGGUUUCUUCAUAGCAAUAAUUUGUGGACAGAGGAUCAAUGAACGUCACUACCAUGUUUUAGCAAAACAAGAAUUGACAAAGGAGUAUGUGGUAGAAGACCGUGAAGCUAACAAGGACGUUCCAGAACUUGAUCCCAGCCAUGUCACUGAACUAAGAAUGUUGGGCUUGUAUUAAGCUGAAAUUCUCCUUUCCACUGAUGUUGGCCAUGCGAUCUUGUGGCUAGUGUCGACAAUGAGAAACACAUGUAAGCCACAAAUUGGUGUUCAUACUCUGAAGAGGUCCCAACAAAUCGUUCUGUGUUGCACUUUAUCAAACCACACACCUAAGAGGUAUACGUAUUUGAUUCUUUAUUUCGUGUUUUUCCUUUUGCAUCAAUUUGGAUGUCGAAGAAAAAGAAAAUCCGCACAAUGCAGUUUUACUAAAUUCUCUUUUAUUACAGUAAAUCUGGUUGAACAGUUAAUCUGCUGGACUUGGUGUAAUAUAGAUACUAGUUUUCUCCCUUACUUGUCCAUCCAAAAGAAUGUACACAAAACAAAUAGACUGCUUGAGUUCUGCAAUGCAUUGUUGUGUUUGUUCA